UCCACGUCGCCACCACAUCCAUCACACACAGUUCCAGGAUGGAUCCCUCCGGACGCGUCUGCCUGGUGACUGGAGCGGCUGGAGGCCUGGGGCGGGCCUUCUGCAGAGCAUUGAUCGCAGCGGGAGCCAAGGUGGUCGCAUCGGACAUUGAUGAGAAGAAUGGGGAGAAGUUUGCUGCCGAACUGAGGAAGGAAUUUGGUGAGGGAACCGCCAUCUUUGUCAAGGCUGACGUUACUAGCUCCGAAUCGCUGGAAGAGGCCUUCAAAGCCGCCAAGUCGACGUUCGGCCGGCUGGACAUCUUGGUGAACAACGCGGGCAUCCUGCAGGAGGACGGCUGGCAGAAGGCGGUCGACAUCAACGUGAAAGGCACGGUGCACGGCGUGCUGCUGGCUCUGAAGCACAUGGGGAAGGCGGCAGGCGGAGAUCCCGGGCUGGUGGUCAACCUGUCGUCCAUCGCGGGCCUGCACCCCACCCCUCACGUGCCCAUCUACUGCGCCACCAAGCACGCUGUGGCCGGGCUAUCUCGCUCCUACGGGGCCGUGAUGCACUUGGAGAACACAGGAGUGUCUGUGGUGGCGCUGUGCCCUGGUGCUGCCGACACGCCGCUCACACACAACUCGGCCUUCAACUACCAGCAUCCCUACCUCAAACCGUACAUCGACCAAAUUCUCAAGAGCAUUCCCAUCUGCAAGCCCGAGUUCAUGGCAGAGGCGCUGCUGAGGGUGAUCCGGGAGGCGAAGUCCGGCUCUGUGUGGCUGGCGGACGACGGUCUCAUCGAGGAGGUGGUCUACCCUCCAAACCUGCAGUGAGGGCGCCCGCCGCCUGCUCCAUUCUCUCAGGCCUUCCACUGAAUCCAAGUUUGCACCAACACUGGCUGUGUACACACACACACACACACACACACACACACGCACACACACGCACGCACACACGCACACACACACACACACACACACACACACACACUGAUUUUACGCGGCUCAUACUGAAAGUCAUCAGCCAUCCAAUGAUUUUUUGGACAGAAUACGUACAUGAGCAUAAUCGACAGAUUUUUCUGAUACUUUUUAAUGCCUUCCCAAUUUCUCUGCAUAAACUUUCCUAAUUAUUGUGUAAGUUCUAAAAUCCUUCGUGUCUGAGGCCAUUCUGGCUGCCAGAAGACAGUGUCACACUACUUUCUGGAUGUCAGGUAUUUCGUAGCGUCUGCCUUGCAGCCAGUUGUUCAUGGGACCGAAAAGCUGGUAGACGGUAGGUGUCGACUCAGAAGGACCUAGCUUUGGAAAACUUUCACACUGUGGCACGAUUAUUGUCCCACUAGUUUGUUUACGUUAAUUUGAGCUACGAACCACUUCCUGCACUGCACCGUGCCCUGCAGGCAGUCACAGGUGCUCGAGGACGACCUGGUCAGAAACAGUCUGAAAAGCUUCUAAGGAUGUUGCGGGGUAGGUUGCGCAGAGAAAUAAUUGUGAAGAAAAAAAUUCGAUACGUUGUGCCGCGGUGGUCAAGGUCCGAACACUACAGAGAUGUAAAAGUGUCCGUUUGCAGCUGACGAUUGUACCGAUCUGUCGAGGUCUGAUCAUAUCGGCCACAAUGCAACCCAGAAGACACUACCUCGCUUUUCUUUUUUUAUGACGAUUCCAAACGGUGCCAUUCCCUAAUCUGGCGUUUUGUUUCAGACUGGUAAUAGCAGAGCCCGUUUUCUUCGCCAGUCUUAUGACACGCCAAAAAAUCGUCUCCUUAAUCCCAAUAUCUCUGAAAAACAAGUUCAUAUGACAGUUCACGGAACUUGUCGUCUUUCAUCAAUAAACAUGGGACCAUAGGGGUAAUAAAUUUUCAUUAGUCUGGGCUACGAACCACUUCCCGCACUCCCGAGCUACUGUCGCAAUUUUCCAGUUUCAUGGCCAGUGACGCAACUGUAUCCUCAACUCGUCCCUCGCUCAGUGUACCCUGCAGGCAGUCACAGGUGCUCGAGGUCGACCUGGUCAGAAAAAGCCAGAAAAGCUUGUAAGGGUGUUGCAGGGUAGGUUGAGCAGAGAAAUAAUUGUGAAAACAAAAUAAUUCGAUACGUUGUGCCGUUUCCGAGUUAAUUAGCGUUAAAGUUAGCCAAUCAGACCACAGCGCGCGCAGAUUCAAGCGGCCCGCCAGGUACAAUUACUGUCAGUUGUUUUCAAAGCGUAGAUGAUAGAGCUAGAGUCUGCUCGGCCUUUGGCGCGGGUUAGAUUCUCACUACCGUCUCAUGUCUAACUGUUGUAUCAUUGUCUUUUUCGAUUUUAGGAAACCAAAUGAAGAAGGCUUUUGGGGACAGUGUCUCUGGUAGGUCGCUUUAAUUUGCACACACAACAUCCUGAUUGCCUAACUUCAGUGCUAGGUAUCUUUGAUACGGCGCACUUGUAUCGAUUUGUUUUCUUAACAGUUAUUUCUCAGUACAAACUACUCUGUACACACAAACACACACACACACACACACACACACACACACACACAGCCCCACAUCGGGGGGUUCGUGUUCUGUCCCUCGCAUCACAAGUGUUCCCUCACA